AUUUAUUUAUAAUUUUAUUUUAUAUUUAAUAUUUUCAUUUGGUACUUGGAAGCGGCAUCGGAAUGGUGAGAGAAAGUAGGGGGAAAGGAGAUGGAGAAGGGAAAGAUUGUGGUGGAAAAAGUGGAAGGGAAGUCAACGAUGACGAGAUGCUUCUCCAAAUAUCCCCUCAAAUUCAUUAUUCCCAGAAAGGUGGGUUCUUCCAAAACUGAUGCUGUCUGGAUCUACAGUCUCACUUAUGGCGGUGGAAUUGUCUCUGGAGAUUGUAUUUCAUGUGAAUUUACCAUUGGAGAUGGGUGCAAUACGGUCCUCACUACGCAAGCCUCAACAAAGGUCUACAAGUCUCUGGGGUCUAAGUGUUCUGAACAAAUCUUGGAGGCAAGAAUUGGGAGUGGUGCUCUCUUUGCUGUCAUUCCAGAUCCAGUGACAUGUUUUUCUGCUGCAAGAUAUUCUCAAAAACAAUUCUUUAGGGUGGGUUCCGACUCAAAUUUGGUCAUUGUUGACUGGAUUACCAGUGGCCGCCAUGAAAGUGGAGAAAAAUGGGAUUUUGAGCUAUAUAAGAGUACGAAUCACAUAUACCUGGAGGGAAAUCAGCCCAUAUUUCUUGAUACGUUGUUGCUAGAACGAGGGAGCACUGUCAGUGUAAGAGAACACAUGCAGGAGUACCAUGUCAUUGCAAUGGUCGUAAUCUAUGGUCCAAACCUGAAGCAUAUUCAAGACCAAGUUCAAAAAAAUGUGAAGAUGAUGAUGUCUGAACAAUUACACAGUCCUUCCACUAGCUUGGGUUGCCAUGUUCGCAUGAGAUCAGAUAAUUGGUCGGUGAAACCAUCCAUUGUUGCUUCUUGCAGUGUCUUUGGUCCAAAGGGAAUAGGUGUUGUUGUUCGAGUAGUUGCUAUGGAAACCGAGUCGGUAUACAGUUUCCUGCAACAACAAUUGGUUGGCUUGGAGCCACUGAUUGGGCUGCAGCCUUAUUCUUGAGCAAGAACUGUUCACUUCCAUUCAAUUGAGAUAAUUGUAAGCACAUUGCAAUUUGUCUUCUUGAAUUUGUAGCAUACAUUUCAAGUUUUGUUUAGUUGAAACAUUACUUUAAUUGGGUUGACACAAUGAUUACUAUUUGUUGUGUUUCGUUAAUUUUGAUGGAUUAUUUUUUCAAAAAAUGUGUAAACACCCA